UAUACAGUAAGGAAAUAAACAUACAAAUAAUUUAUAUAGUAAUAAUUAAAUUUCAUGAAUUUAUAUUAUUUUAUUUAUAAAAUGAAUAUUUAAAUGUAAUAUUAUGUUAAAUUUCUUUUCUAACUUUUAUAACAGUUUCGUAAAAUAUUUGAAUCUUAUAUAUAGAAAUAGACGACCUCAUUUAAAGGUUGGAUUAGUCAACUGUAUAAUAUUUGGACCAGUUGAAUUCUAUAACUAUGAUAGGAAUGAACAUGUAUCAAAAACAGACCUUUACUUCCAAUCUAACUCACUCCACAAACCCUUCCAGACCAAUUCAUUGAAAUAUACACCAAAUAUAAUCGCAUAUACUGAGUCGGAUAAUAAAGGAUGUUGUAGUGAAUCAGAUUCUAAGGAUUAUGUUCUAACCGAUAGGGCAUUUGAGAAGAUAAAAUUUGAAAUUGAAACUUAUGAAGUUGUUUUAUUCAUGAAAGGAACUGCUAGGAAACCUGCUUGCGGGUUCAGUAAACAGGCUCUGGAUAUCCUAAAGGCACUUAAAAUCGAUACCAUAAGGACUGUAAAUGUUCUAGAGGACGAAGAUGUUAGAAAUGGGCUAAAGGCAUACUCAAAAUACCCUUACAUACCACAACUCUAUGUUAGAGGGAAAUUUGUAGGGGGCCUAGAAAAAAUUACAAAGAUGUUUUCUGAUGGAAGUCUUGAAAAACUUCUAAGAGAUGGUUAAAAUUUUAUCUCUAGUUGAUAUAUUUUAAAAUAAUUUCCUUAAUUUCAA